AAGAAUGAUUAACAGGAAAACCACUGUUCCGCGUCAAAAUGGACUCGUAUGUCAAACGUUACUUGUCAAAUAAGCGAAAAUCCAAAGUAAUCAUAAAAGCUCCAAUUUCCAAACACCGUUCACGGAUUUCCCGUGCUAGGAUGGGUAACUACGUGUCGCUGUAUCUGACCAACCCGAAGGGGAUUCCGCUGCCGCUAACGGAACCAAGUUUCGAUCCGAAUCUUGGUUUUCCCAAUGGGCGUAAGGAACGGGUAAUGAUUGCUACUGAAGCAGAAAUGGAAGCUGCAAAGUUACCCCUUGAAGCCCGUGAUUACUGUGCUCAUAAGUUAAUAGAGUACCGUGCAUGCCGAACUAAUGUUUGGCCAUGGGCGUACAAAUGCGCUCAUGAAAAGCACGAAUAUCUUAACUGCGAAUACGAUGACUACAUUCUUCGGCUGAAAGAAUACGAACGUGAGAAGAGAUUGCUUCAACGAAAAUUGAAAAUCGAAAAGAAGCAGGCCCAAGAGCUGCAAGCAUGAAGGGUCCCAAAGUGGUGUAUCGUUUAUCAGUUCUGUAAAACCUUCAGUUCGAGCAAAAUUUAUUUGUGGUACGAUAUGCGCGAACAAACAUGUGGAUACAGAGUUAAUAGAGAACUACAUUCUUGAAACGAAAAAAGAAA